UACCUGCAUGCAGCAGACUCUUAUUCGUGGUAUACGGUGCAAUCACUCCGAGGGCAGUUAGGAUUUACCUCACUUGGUCUUUACAAUCUUGCAUUGUGCAUCAUGCCAGUCACAAAGGUUUACGCCCGAGAGAUCUUUGACAGCCGUGGAAACCCUACGGUAGAGGUUGACCUCACAACUGAAUUGGGUACCUUCAGAGCUGCUGUCCCUAGUGGUGCUUCAACAGGUAUCUAUGAAGCCCUUGAGUUGAGGGACAAGGACCCUAAGAGAUUCCUUGGCAAAGGUGUCCAGAAGGCAGUCAGUAACAUCAAUGACAUUCUUGGUCCAGCACUCGUUUCCAAGAAUGUUGAUGUGACCAAACAGACAGAGGUUGAUCAGAUUAUGCUUGACCUUGAUGGUACUGAUAACAAAACUAAGCUUGGAGCCAAUGCCAUCUUGGGCGUAUCUCUUGCUGUAUGUAAAGCCGGCGCUGCCCAUAAGAAGGUCCCACUCUACAGACACAUCGCUGAUCUUGCUGGAAACAAACAAGUCAUCUUACCAUGCCCAGCUUUCAACGUUAUCAACGGAGGGAGCCAUGCUGGCAACAAACUUGCUAUGCAAGAAUUCAUGUUGCUGCCCACAGGAGCAAAAUCAUUUCGAGAAGCAAUGCGAAUGGGAGCCGAGAUCUAUCAGAACCUGAAGGCAGUCAUUAAGAAGAAGUACGGACAGGAUGCUACCAACGUUGGAGAUGAAGGUGGAUUUGCUCCCAACAUCUUGGAAAACAAAGAAGCGUUGAACUUGAUCAUGGAAGCUAUAAAAAAGGCUGGUUAUGACAACAAGAUUAAGAUCGGUAUGGAUGUUGCUGCUUCAGAAUUCCACAGGGAUGGAAAAUAUGACCUCGAUUUCAAGAACCCUACCACGGAUCCCAGCAGAUACAUCUCCUCUGACCAACUUGCUGAUAUCUACAGGGGAUUCAUUAAAGAUUAUCCAGUUUUAUCGAUCGAGGAUUGCUUUGACCAAGAUGAUUGGUCUGCCUGGACUGCUUUCUGUGGCAGCACCGAUAUCCAGAUCGUAGGUGAUGAUCUGACUGUCACCAACCCUAAGCGUAUCCAACAAGCUGUCGACGUCAAGGCGUGCAACUGUCUCCUCCUCAAAGUCAACCAGAUUGGAUCCGUCACAGAGUCCAUAAGGGCAUGUAAGCUUGCUCAGGACAAUGGAUGGGGAGUGAUGGUGAGUCAUCGUAGUGGAGAGACCGAAGAUACGUUCAUUGCCGACCUGGUGGUCGGUCUCUGCACCGGACAAAUCAAGACCGGCGCGCCAUGUAGAUCGGAGAGGCUUGCAAAAUACAACCAGAUCCUAAGGAUUGAGGAAGAACUAGGUGCCGAUGCCGUCUUCGCUGGAGAGAAAUUCCGCAAUCCUCUCCAGUAAAGCAGUCCAUCUGAAUGGCUGAAGGAUUUUGGGUAAUAUUGUUGAUGCAGGUAGAUAUAGCCAUAAAGAAGAGUUAUAUUUGUAUUUUGUGAUGAUUUGAAUAUUUCCUUCAGUUUGGAUAUGUGCUCAUAGAUUAUUUGACUGAUAGGUUUUCUGCAUGGUAGGCCAACACUAUUAAACUUGACCCACUGAAAUCUCUUCUACCUGUGAGUGUAUGAGCGAAAGUAUAUUUUAUAUAUUCAUGGUAAGAUGUUCUAAAUGUCUCCCUCUAUAAUCCAAUACAUGUUAGGUCUCAAGCUAAGCAUCCCUGUAGGAUUUUACGUGUAAAUGUGAAUAGAAUAGUGCCCUCUUAAGGUUAAAACCUCCCCAAUGAUCAUAGCUAAACAUCACAGUAUUUGUCGUUGUGUUAGCUUAACAUAUGUAUGGAAUUUAAUUUUUUAUAAUGUAAUGCUAAAAAAGGGGGAUUUUUUUGUAAAUUGAGCACAAUCUAUCGUGAUUAGUGAAAUUAGUCACGGGAUAUUAGUGCAAACAAGAAUUGAAUGAUAUAACUUAUAUAUAUUGAUCUCUACAUAAUAAUAAACUGGCUGAAUGAUACAUGCUGUAAUAAAGUAUUAGGAUUUUUUUCAAACACUGCCUCAAUAAAACAAGAAAUUGAUUGCCCAAAGAUAGUUGAAUGGGUCGAUCUACAAAGAUAUAGCUCACACAUUGAGUUGUCUGAGGUCUCACGAAUCUAAAAGAUUUCCAGAUUCAGAUAUCUGUUUUGCGUAUAAAGUGUUACUUCUCUGCUUCUGCUAUAAUGAUUUGAAUGUGUUGUAUUGAGUUUUGUACUUGAUGUCUUGCACAAGAACAUCCAAAUAAAUGUUGUGCUGCAGUAUUACUGUUGUGUUGCUGAGUAUACAGUACUCCAAACUCCUCCUCUUGUAUCAUCAGCUCAAACAGGGUUCAACUCGUCUAAGGAAACCACAGCCAAAAACCACCUAAUUUCUUGUGAUAGAAUUUAAUUUUAUGGUACUAAGAAUAAAUUAGUAGUAAAAUGAUGUCAAACUUUACGUUAUCAUUUGAAUAACAUGGAAUUUUACUGUAUCAAGAAAACGAUGUUAUAUGUGAAUGAAAUGGAAUUUUAUGGUAUUAAGAAUACAUAAGUAGCAAAAUAUUGUAUUUGAAUUAUUAUAAUAAAUGGGGAGUAAUGUGUUUAUCAUCUAUUUGUAAUGAUGCUUCCAGGAUAGCUUUAAUCAUUCAACAUGUUCAUUAUAUCAUCAUUAAUGCAUUUUACCCAUGUAAACAGAAUAUAUAUCUGAAAGAUAGAUUUAUUUGACAUCUAGUGUUGUAUCGCUCCAAAGGACGUAUUAGGCCAAGUAAAAAAUAAAGAACAUGUUUCUCGUCCGGGUUUCUCUUGAAAAAGGAAAACGGGGCAUUUUAUUUUCUCAUUUUCAUUUUUGUAGAUGGUAUCAAUCAGAGAUUUUGUCAAUUCAAUAUGUCUCCACAAAGCAUCAAAAUGGAGCAAAAGUAUAUUAAGUUGACGGAGACCAUCAUGUACAUGUAACCCAGGGCACAUGCCCCUUUAAUAUACACAGUUUUUAUGGUACCAUCUAUAAUGGCAUGGGAACACAUUUGUAAGUAUAUCACAUUCAUUUUACCCCAAUAAUACAGAGUUCUUGAAUGAUUUUCAGGAUUUUUCAAUGCCUUUGAAGAAUACUUUUCUGUAUUUUCAAAAAAAUACUUAUAAAACUUUACGAGGCCUACAAAUAAGUGCGGACGGGAAACGUGUUGAUGUAUUUUUUUUUAUUUGUCCACAUUGAAAUGGUUUUAAUGUUACCUUUGAAGGUAGGUUUCCUCAUAGAGGAUGAUGAGGUUAUUUGAUAACUGUUUGAUGUGCAGUAAUAAAAUGGGAAAAA